CAUACACACUAACAUACAUGUACAUGCCUUCCAUUGUAGACUGAGUGCAGGUCACAGACGAGCUUUUGACUGAUAAUGGCAUCUAGAAUAUGUGACAGUGUUCUGGUGACUGGAUCAAACCGUGGAAUUGGACUUGAGUUGGUUCGCCAGUUGGUUGAUUCACCCUUGUCUCCAGUUCAGAUCUUUGCUGGUUGUAGAGACCCAAAUGGACCAAGAUCACAGGAUCUCCAGGAACUAGCUCAGAAGCACCAUGAUGUGAUCACGGUUGUCCAACUUGACAUGACCAGUCCUACUAGUAUCGCAGAGGCCUCAAAACUGGUGGAAGCCAAGCUGAAGGGCAAAGGCCUGAAUCUGAUCAUCAACAAUGCUGGUGUGAACAUCCCAGGAUCCCUAGCAGAGACAGGAAUGCAGGAGAUGGUGAACGUGUACACAACCAAUGUUGUAGGACCCAUGCUCAUCGCAAAGGAUUUCCAUCCCCUCCUGUGCAAGGCUGCAGCUCAGUUUCCUCAUCAAACCAGCAUGUCUUGCAGUAGGUCAGCUAUUAUCAAUGUCUCCACACUGCUGUCAUCCAUCACCAGAUGCCCUGAGAAUUUCUCUGUGUCUCCAAUGUACCCCUAUCGGGUCAGCAAGGCAGCACUGAACAUGUUAACUUGCUGCUUGGCGGAAGAUUUAAAAAAAGAUGGCAUUCUAGUUAUGUCUCUCCAUCCAGGAUGGGUCCAGACAGAAAUGGGAGGCCCAGAGGCUCCCCUGACGACACUUGAGAGCAUCAGCAGUAUGAUGAAAGUCAUCACAAGCCUCACCGAGAAAGACAGUGGAACUCUUUUAGAUUGGGAAGGCAAAAACAUCCCCUGGUGAUUACGCAACUCAUCUUGUGUGUUGUGUUCACAUCUUAAGUUUGACAUGUACUUCCACUUUUUUGUCUGUCUGCGGUUUGUCUGAGAAAAAUGUUACAAACAGCAAUUCUAGUAUAAGACGUGGUAUUUAUUUACAGGUUCACAAACUUUGUAAAACAGCAAUGAAAAAUAUGCUAUCAUAUUAGUGUAAUGCAUGUGAGGAAGAUUUCAUAUAAAAACAUGAAAACAGGUUUCUUAUGCCUUGAAGUUUCCCCCAACUGAUAUUUGUAUUGCAGUCUUUCCAAAUUAAAUAUUAGCAAUUGUAAUAAAAUUAGCUGUGAGACAAUGGGAGAAUGGAUAAGUAAAUAAAGGAAGAUGAGGAAAAUGUAAAAGAGAGAGCCAAAAGAAACAAUAAAAUGAUUUACAAUAAU